UCUUUGUUGAUGUGUCAGCUCCGCGGGGGCUUGGGGAAGGCGCGGCAGAGGUAACGUGGUCUCGGCUCUGUCCCCACCCCUGUCGCCCCCCCCACUUCCUGGUCUGCGGGACCCCGCUAUGGAGAAGUUGGUCCCAGAGCCGGAGCUCCAGCAGUCUUGUUAGGGGUGUGGCCUGAAGCUCGGAGAAGUGGGAUGUAAAACGAAGACCAGGAACUGAUUUGAAGAAAUGCAGAGUGAAUUGUUGCCAGUCAGCAUGUCAGAGACAGAGCACAUAGCCUCCAUUUCCUCUGAUCAAAAUAUUGAGAAAACACCUGAAAUAAAGGAAGACUCAUGCAACUCGUUUUCUGGUGACGAAAACAGCAGCUUAGGAAAUGAGUCCAAACUAUUGUCAUUAAACUUUGAUAAAACUUUAUGGCAGCCUAAGGAACUCAAUAAUCAAAAUGAAGCACAGGAAAAUUCUAUUCCAGAUCAUCGUGCAGGUGAGGAUUCUUGUGCUAAAACAGACACAUGCUCAGAAAAUUCUGAACAAAUAGCUAAUUUUCCUGGUGGAGAUUUGACAAAGCAAGUUUUGAAAGCAAAUGAAACAGAACAAACAGUGACCCAAAUAUUGGCGGAAUUAAGGUCAUCUACACUAACAGAAGCAGCUAAUCAGAAGACUUAUUCCGAAAGUCCUUAUGAUACAGACUGCACCAAGAAACUUAUUUCAAAAAUAAAGAAUGUUUCAACAUCAGAGGAAUUGUUAGAAGAAAUAGAAUCUGAGCUCUUGUCUACUGAGUUUGCAAAAGAACACCGAGUACCAAAUGGAAUGAAUAAGGGAGAAAAUGCAUUAAUUAUGUUUGAAAAAUGUGUGCAAGAUAAGUAUUUGCAGCAGGAGCAUACCAUAAAGAAGUUAAUUAAAGAAAAUAAGAAGCAUCAGGAACUCAUCUUAGACAUUUGUUCAGAAAAAGAUAAUUUAAGAGAAGAACUAAAAAAAAGAACAGAAACAGAGAAGCAGCAUAUGAACACAAUUAAACAGUUAGAGUUAAGAAUAGAGGAACUUAAUAAAGAAGUUCAAGCUUCCAAAGAUAAAGUAGUAACUCAAGACAUUGCAGCUAAAAAUGCAAUUCAGCAAUUACACAAAGAGAUGGCCCAUCGGAUGGAGCAGGCCAGCAAGAAAUGUGAAGAGGCACGCCAGGAAAAAGAAGCAAUGGUAAUGAAGUAUGUAAGAGGCGAGAAGGAAUCUUUAGACCUUCGAAAGGAAAAAGAGAUACUUGAAAAAAAACUUAGAGAUGCAAAUAAAGAAAAUGAGAAAAACACUAACAAAAUUAGGCAGCUUUCUCAGGAGAAAGGACGGUUGCACCAGCUGUAUGAAACAAAGGAAGGUGAAACUACUAGACUCAUCAGAGAAAUAGACAAAUUAAAGGAAGACAUCAACUCUCAAAUCAUUAAAGUAAAAUGGGCACAAAAUAAAUUAAAAGCAGAAAUGGAUUUACAUAAGGAAACCAAAGAUAAACUUAAAGAGACAACAACAAAAUUAACUCAAGCAAAGGAAGAAGCAGAUCAGAUUCGGAAAAAUUGUCAGGAUAUGAUAAAAACCUAUCAGGAGUCAGAAGAAAUUAAAUCAAAUGAGCUUGAUGCCAAGCUUCGAGUCACAAAAGGAGAACUUGAAAAACAAAUGCAAGAAAAAUCUGACCAGCUUGAAAUGCACCAUGCCAAAAUAAAGGAACUAGAAGAUCUGAAGAGGACAUUUAAGGAGGGCAUGGAUGAGCUACGAACACUGAGAACAAAGGUAAAAUGUCUAGAAGAUGAACGAUUAAGAACAGAGGAUGAAUUAUCGAAAUAUAAAGAAAUUAUUAAUCGCCAAAAAGCUGAAAUUCAGAAUUUAUUGGACAAAGUGAAAAUUGCAGAUCAGAUACAGGAGCAGCAUCAAAGAGGUAAACAAGAAAUUGAAAAUUUGAAGGAAGAAGUGGAAAGUCUUAAUUCUUUGAUUAAUGACCUACAAAAAGACAUCGAAGGCAGUAGAAAAAGAGAAUCUGAGCUACUGCUAUUUACAGAAAAGCUCACUAGUAAGAAUGCACAGCUUCAGUCUGAAUCCAAUUCUUUGCAGUCACAGUUUGAUAAACUUUCCUAUAGUGAAAGUCAGUUACAAAGCCAAUGUGAACACAUGAAACAGACCAAUAGUAAUUUGGAAAGUAGGUUGUUAAAAGAGGAAGAUCUGCGAAAAGAGGAAGUCCAGACCCUGCAAGCUGAACUCACCUGCAGCCAAACUGAAGUUAAAGCAUUGAAUACUCAGGUUGAAGAAUUAAAAGAUGAAUUAGUAACUCAAAGACGUAAACAUGCCUCUAGUGUCAAGGAUCUUACCAAACAACUUCAGCAAGCAAGAAGAAAGUUAGAUCAAGUGGAGAAUGGAAAUUAUGACAAAGAAGUCAGCAGCAUGGGAAGUCGUUCCAGUUCAUCAGGGUCCCUUAAUGCUCGAAGUAGUGCAGAAGAUCGAUCUCCAGAAAACACUGGGUCGUCAGUAGCUGUGGAUAACUUUCCAGAAGUAGACAAGGCCAUGUUGAUUGAGAGGAUAGUGAGGCUGCAAAAGGCACAUGCUCGGAAAAAUGAAAAGAUAGAAUUUAUGGAGGAUCACAUCAAACAAUUGGUGGAAGAAAUCAGGAAAAAAACAAAAAUCAUUCAGAGUUACAUUUUACGAGAAGAAUCAGGCACACUUUCUUCAGAAGCAUCUGAUUUUAAUAAAGUCCAUUUAAGUAGACGAGGUGGCAUCAUGGCCUCUUUAUACACAUCCCAUCCAGCUGAUAGUGGAUUAACAUUGGAACUCUCUUUAGAGAUCAACAGAAAGUUACAGGCUGUUUUGGAGGAUACAUUACUGAAAAAUAUUACUUUGAAGGAAAAUCUGCAGACCCUUGGAACAGAAAUAGAACGUCUUGUUAAACACCAGCAUGAACUGGAGCAGAGGACAAAGAAGAACUGACACAAAGCUCUUGUUCAGAAAACAGACAAAAGCCACACAAGGAGCAGGUGCCACUGCCUAGUAUCAUUGGAAGCUUUUCCCUGCUUUGUGUAUCAACCAGUAAAAAAAUCUGUUUUGCUUCCUCUGUAUAAAAGAGUACCUUUUACAAUAUAAAUGCAUUGCUGUGUAUACUGUAAAAGUGUAAGCUUUGACGAAACUUGUUUUUGUGUGGUGACAGCCUGUUUUUAAGUCAGAAUAACUUAAUUUGCUAAUAAUCAUAUGAAGUGCUGAACCUUACUCCAAGGGCUUUUGAAAACCCCUUCUCCAUAUUUCUUCCCUUUAAAAUAUAUAAUGUCAAAAAUGAUUUUGUUUUCUAAAAUUAUGCAUGAAAGGACAGGUGUUGAUCAUUCAGUAAUAUGCUAUUUCUCCAACACAAAACUAAGACAGUGAUAAAAACUUUUGUUUUGACAUUCUGACAUGACACUUGCUUGUGUGUUAGGGAUCCCAAUGAAUUCUUAAAUGUUUUGGUUUUGAUGGAAGCUAAUAGGAAAGCUAGCUUUCGGUAAAUAGCAAUGAUCAGGUGUUGUAUGCCUCUGUCAGGUUUCCUUAUUUGUGCUAGUUACUUUUUUUUUCAGAUUCUAAUUGAGUUAAUAGUUGAGUUUUUAAAAAUCUUCUGUUGUGUAAAAUAUGAUUUUAAAUAAUCUCAUUUAGAAAAUUUCUCUGGACUUGAGUUACAUUUUAAAAUGUGAAAUGGAUUAGUCAUUAGUACAGAGAGAUUAAUAAUGAAUUCUUUGAAACUGAAAGACAUUAGUUUUACUAAUAUCAAGUAUAUAAAGAUCAAUUUAAUGCAUUUAUGAAGAACCAGUUCCCAAGAGAAUCCAGCAUAUGGCACUGUUAACCAUUUCAUCUGUGCACCACCGUUCAUUACUGUUGGUAUAAUUAUGCGUUAUAGUGGAGUGAUCUUACAGUUCGUAGAUGUAAUGUGUUUCAGUAUAUUUAUUUAAAACACAAAAUAAUUAAAUCUCUGUAACCAAAGGAAUUCUAGAGCCAAAUUUAUGUAUACUGUUAGAUUUUUACUAUAUUUAUUUAAGAUGUGCACUUAAAUUUGCCAGUCAUAAUAUCAGUAUUUCUAUAUCAUUGAAUUUUUUUCUCAUCUCUUAUAAUUUCUCACCUAUUACAAUUUGUGUGUGGUUUUUCACAUUUCUGUAUAUUCAGAUCAUUUCUAUACCUUCUAUAGAUACCUUGGCACUAUGCAGAUGUUGCAGCAAGCCUCAUUAUUGUUUUGGAUUUUUGCAUCCUUCUUUGUCCCCUUAGGAGAAGUGAGCUUUGGGAUGAUGGAUUAAAACCCUUUAAAGAAUUGUAUGGUUCUAAAAGUUGGGCUGGGUUUAUAUUGGCAAUGCCCCUGUAACGUGUUUUAACAUUUUUUAAAAUAUCAAUGUUGUUUUAAAAGAUCAUUUACUAAGGAUUAGAUGAUUCAAUGUAACAUCUUAUUUUUCUGUAUACUGAGUGGUAUGUUGUCAUCCCAGGCCAAAAUCUUUUCACUUCAAAAUGGAAAUAUAAGUUCAGAAACAUACUUAAAAUAGCUGUAAAAAGUUUUAGUCUUACCGUAAUGUAUCUUGUUAUCAGUAAUAAUGUAUCAAAAUGAAAUACAGUAAGUUCAAUCACAUCUGAACUAUUUUCCCAGUUGUUUUUGACAAUACUGUUGAUACUUCCAAAGAUUACUUAGAGUAGCCAACAUAACUAAAUUUUUACAGCUUCUUAUGUGAUUUAGAUUCAUACACUACAAUAUUUGUUUUUUCCUCCAAGACACAAAAUGUAUUGAUGGAGAUCAAAUAGUGGUCAGAUCCAUAGUGUUCUGUGUGUAUACACUUAAAAAAAAAAACUAUGUGCACACACACGUUUUUCAUAUAUGUAUAUUAUAUAUGAAAAUGAAACAUUUCAAUAUUAACAUCUGUGCCAGCAUUCAUUUAGAGAAGUUUGCUGGUAAAACAAUUUUAGAAGAAAGCUGUUAUAAACUAUCUUUGAUUUAUCGUUACCGCCCCCCCAUAAACGUAAGCAACUAUAGAAAACUUGAAGAAAAUGCUUUAUUUUCCUUUUGUGCUUUAGUUUCUACUAUAUCCUUUUGUACAUAGAUCAGGACUAAGCAAAGUGUGUACAAAAAUAUGAAUUUAUCAGAUCCCUAAACUGACUCACAAGCAGAUUCUGAUAUAAGCUUUUAGAGUGCCUAUUAACUAUAUUGAAUAUAUGGAGAGAAAAAUGGGGUGUCUAGAAAAGGAAAAUGGUCUGGCUAAACUUGAGGUCUGGGGGAAAUUUUGUUUUGUGUGUUCAUUCUUGAACACAUCAAAGGCUCUUUUGGUUAGUUAGCACUAUUUCGGUUUCUUUGAGCAGGAAAUCUUUUUUUUCUGUGUGUAUAUAUUUGUGUGUACACCUAACUAGAUUUUAAUUUCAAAGUGAAUACUUACUGUGACUCUUUUUCCCACACCACUUCAAACUUUAGCCUAAGUUUUAAGGGUUGAAAAUGGGCUUGGGCAGAAUGAAUUUGAACUUCAGUGUUUUAUUUUUAAACUUACUCUUCAUAACCAUUUAAAGCAAUUUAUCUUGAAAUUAAAUUUUAUCAGGCUACCAACAUCUUACUUAUUCAUGUAAUGAACACAUUUUUUUUUGAAAACCUGUAAUUGCCAGGCACCACACAAGUUAGGUAUCAUCAUUAUACUGGUGGACAGACCAGACAGGGCAGUUCCUGUCCUCAUGGAGCUUAUGGUCUAGUGAAAACAGCCGAGAGGAAGUGGAAGCAGAGGCUCUUUGAGCCUCUGCAGCUCGCUGCCAGCCCCUGUCGGAAGAAAGUUAGUUCACUCGUGGAAGCAGUUCACCCAGAAGUCUUACUCUGGCCUAAAGCUUUGGGAAAUGAAUCCUUGCUGAGGUAGGCUGAGAGCAGAUUGCCAUUUUCAUGCUGGUUCUUUACAGUUCCUAACUUUUUUUCACAGUUUGAUGUUUGUUUUUUAAGAAGAAGGAAAAAAUCCAAAGACUGUAAAAUGGCAUUCGAUUUUUGCCAUUUUAGUAAAUUAUUAUUGUCUACUUGAUGCUCCUAUAAGAUGAAUCUAAUCAACUUUUCAUGUAUAUUUCCAAAUUUUGUUUUGUAGUAUAUUAUUUUCUAAAGAUUUUUACCUAGAAUUUUAGACCAAGAUUUACCAGUAGAAGGAAAAAAGCAUUAGAAACCAUUAAUAUUGUAAAUGUUAUAUAUGCUACCUUGGUGAAAAUAUUUUUAUCAAUCAUGUUAUUCAGUAUUGUUAAUUUGCCUUAUAAAUGUUAGUUCUAGUAGUUUAUCUUCCAAUACCUUUUUAAAACAAUUCUUUUUGGACACUGAGAUUGUUCAUUUUUAACACCAGUAGGUGGCACUAGAAAUGUGAAGGUUUUCAAGGCUGAACAGGAGAAGAUAAUCAAAAAAAAGAAUCCAAACAAAGAAUUUUCAGUAAAAUAAAUGAGAAAUAUAAUUGUAUAUUAAAGAUGUAUUUUUUCUUCUGGAAUGAAGUUCUUUUUUAAAAUGCAUAUGGCUUUCCAUUUUGACUAUAUGAAACUUGUUAUCUUCCAAAGUUCAUAUAUAUAUAUAUGUGUGUGUGUGUGUAUGCACUGUACAGAUAAUCUUUAGUUUGAUUACACUGUUCAUUUUGUAAAUAUGUUUCUGUAUAAAAUGAAGCUUUUUGAGAUAAUUUUAUGUAUAUAUUGUACUUAUUAAAUAGGUAAUGCCUGUUUACCAAA